AUUCCGAAAAAGGCAUUUCAGUGUGAAUGUUUUCUUCUGCCUUACAAUCAAUGAUAACUUGAUUUUAUUUGUGGAAAACACUUGAUGUUCUGAAAAUUAUGGUUUCAAGGAGGAUUUAAUGUAGAAUUUCUUUUUCAAAAUAACACGUGUUACCCUGUGCCAAGAUGACAAGAGUGUAACAAACGCCGUGAAGCAGUUUUGAAUUCGCGCGAGCGUGCCCAACCUAGCUCAAUUGGAGUUAAUUUAGAAUUACAGCAGAGUUCUAGGCCACAAUGGCAUCCGGGAGACGGGAAGCAAAAGUGCCCAAGAAUCUAACACAAUUGUCGAUCGAAGAGAAGACGCAAUUCCUCAACUCGUUCGACAUGGUGCAGACGGAUUGUGAUGGUGUUCUUUGGAAUAUCAAGGACAUUUUUCCCGGUGGCGAACUUAGCAUCCGAGCUCUCCGGAACAAUGGUAAACGGGUGAUCUACGUUUCGAACAACAGUGUCCGCACGAUGGAGGAUUACAGGAAUAAACUUGGCCGGCUAACGGAUUACACGCUGGAUGAGGACGAUGUCGUUCAUCCGGCACGGACUAUCGUCGAGUAUCUGCGAUGGAGAAAAUUCGAUGCACUAUGCUACGUUAUCGGAAGUACAAACUUCAAAAACUAUAUCCGGGAAGCCGGCUUUCGCAUCAUCGAUGGUCCGGAUGUCCCUAUAGAGGGAUUACGCGAUGCGAUUGCUCAGAUCAACGAUCAGCAACCGGUGAAAGCGGUCAUAGUAGACUUUGAUCACAACUGCAACAACCUUCAGCUGCAGCGUGCUCAGCUCUAUCUCCAGCGCUGCAACGAUUGCUGGUUCAUUGCUGGAGCCAUGGAUAAAGUCCUGCCGGUCGGGCCAAGGAUGCGUCUCAUCGGUUCCGGCUUCUACGUUGAAAUGUUACAGCAGUUAGCUGACCGCAAGCCGAUCGUUCUCGGCAAACCGGGACUUGAAAUGAGUAAGGUCAUAAAGCGGCUCUACUCGAUCGAGGACUCUCGCCGGGUGCUGUUUGUUGGUGACCAACCGGGAAGCGAUGUGAAGUUUGGUAGUAUUUCCGGUUUCCAAACGCUUCUCGUUGGUACCGGUGGUGUCCGACCGGAGCAUCUGCUGGCGGAAGGCCAGGAUCGUGAUGAGGAAACCGUGCCCGAUUAUUACAUUCCUACGUUUGCGGAUCUGGCACAGGUCGUGCUGGAUGUGCAGACGAACGUGGCCAAGUCCGUUUUAUAGUUAAAUUAGUUAAUAAGCGAUUGAUAUCGCAUAAAAAUGUUCCAAAGGUUCUGCUUGUAAAGCACCUCAUGCCAGAUUUCAAUCGAGUAAAUUGAAUUAUUUUUUUAGCAUCAUG